AGGACAAGCAGAUGUAGUGUAGAGCAGCAAACAAGCAUUUAAGACACCAAAAUAAAGACUGUGUCUGUGUGGUCAUCUAGGGUUUACAAUAUAUCAAAGAUAAACAGAAGGUAGAAGCAGCUUAAAGAAGAAGAUGAAGGUUUUAGAAGAAGAAGAAGAAACAAGUAACAAUGGUUGUCGUAUCAGUAAUACUACUCAUUAUUGUUUUCUAUUAGAGGCACUUCUCAAGUGUUUAGGUCUUGAAAUUAUUAAAACAUCCCAUCAAACUUGCAGCUCUUCUUCUUCUUCUUCUUCAACCGCAACGGCAACGGAAACAGAUCCUACUUCCACUACUGGAGAUGCCCACCCAAUGUUUUUUGCUAUGAGACGACGUCCAAGGCCACCUCCCCGGCCACCGGUAAGCACCGGAGGUGGGCCGCAGAUUAAUUAAGUAUUCCACCAUUUUCACUAUAGUUUUUGUUUUUUGGCAUCUGUUGCUACAUCAUGUCAAGCUUUAACUUCAUAUAUAUUUAUGUAUAUUACUAAAUGCUGGCUUGCCUUUGCUAUACCUACUACAUUUUCUUUC